AGGCCUCAAUUCCCAGUGUGGCCAAAGCCAUGGCUCUCAUCCACCUUUCGGCUGCCAGCUACCAUGGACACCUGUGCCCUGAAUUGCCACUCGUCACCCCCAAGACCUUCCUAGACUUCCUGGACACCUUCGUGCUGCUGCAGCAGCAGAUGAUCCUGCAGAUGAAGAGCAAGGCCCAGCGGGUCCACAAUGCCCUGGGGAAUAUGACAAUGCUGAUUGAGCGGCACAGUGCUCACACCAACCUGAUCUUCAACUUGGAACAGCAGCUGAAACACUCCCGCAGGGUAAGGGGGAGAUUAUGAGGCAUGAACGGUAGGGUCAAAGCAGGAACCCCAAAGGCGACUUUGUAGGAACCAACCAGAUUAAACCUUAGUUCUUGUCUCCAAAGAGUCCCCCUUUCCCCAUGGGAUCUUUCUAACCCCUGCUGCCUCCUCCUUUAGAGCUUAGGCUCAAAGUCUGCCCAUCACAGCUGAGACCUGGUUGAUGGUUCUAAACAUGUGAAACCCAAGUGUCUGCUUCUGGUCGCCCCUAGUACCUUGACUGUGUGAAGUUCAGUAUGCUCCCCAAGAUCUCUGUAAAUCCCCAUCAUUUACAGAUUGAUGAUCCCAGUGAUGGGGCCGGGAUUACAUUCUCAUGGUCGCCUCUCUCUCUUAACCUCUUUUCUCCUGAAUUCUCUAUCACUGCUAGUUGGCGUGCCUCUAGUAGCUAUCCUCUUUUCCCAUACCACUUUGUCCCUCUACCUCUUCCUUCCACAAAGUGCCAAAUAUACAAGGCUACUGUUUAGAGUAGGGAAAUGUGGAUGGGUGAUGGCAGUAGGGGCAAUUUAUAUUCUAGAACAGAACCAGAAAUAGAUUUAAAUAGCAUACUAGACCUCAAUGUCCUGAAUUACAUCAGUCACCCUCCUCUACAGGGCAUUUCCCAGUGACCAACUUUUCUCUACUCCCAUCACCCCAAUACCUGCCCCACAAUGUUAUUCAGCCACCCCACUUUUCUUUUAGAGCUCCCCAAGUAUAAUUCUCAUAUAAUAAGAUAUUUUUUUCCAGUCCAAACCCUAAAAUCCUGUUGCUUUCUUAGAGCAAUUUUCUUUUUGAAUAAACGAAUCUCUCAUAUCUAGCUAAAACUGGUGCAAGUGGAGUCAUCACACCUUCUAUAGCCAGAUACUCUAAGUUAAAAAUGUUUUCCCAAAAUAAAGAGGUUUUUUGUUUUGUUUUUAAUAAGAAUAAUUCUGAAAUAGCAUUUUUUAAAGUUUCUACUACACAAGAUUUUGAUGCAGGAUAGGGUAUAACUACAGAGAAGUGAAGCAGUGAUCAGCUCCCAGGCAGACAAUCUGACUUACUUUCUCUUGGGCUUGCAGGCCUUACAGCCCCUAAUGCCUCACCUGCCUUUUUUGAUGGGUACCCUCAGGGCUAUCUCCCAGUGCGGCACAACUCUAGGCGCAUGGCUUACAUUAUGUCUACAUACGUGGUUUUCAUUGUGUCCCAUAUGGAUGGUGUUCCCUGAAGUUCUCGUGGGGCUGGUGCCUCCUAUCACCCGCCACCAAGGAUCACUAGCUUAGAUCAAACCUCAAGACUCAGUUGAGAUGCAAAGAAAGAGAGAAGUUCAUGGGGGGUCAGCAGUCCUCUCUCCCAUGUUUUCCGUAUUGCAGUUUUUUGUCUUGGGCCCUACCUUUUCCCAAGAUGAUUAAUACCAGGAAUUGUUGAUCUGGUUUAGGGGUGCUAUUAUUCUUUGAUCCCUACGU